AUGCAUAUCAAAGCAAGCCGGGAGGAUUGGGAACAGCUGAAAGAAACCGGCAAGUUUGCCAGUAUGAGCAAUCUGGAGUUCCCCUCCUUGCCUAACACCUCAACAAGCGUGUACUUCUGUGGGGACUUUGACAGUGCCAUAGGGACGAACCUCGACUCUGCCAAAAGACUCACUCGGGAUAGUUGCUUCUCGAGGGAGAGUUCUGUCAUGCCUGCCCCCCACACUCACCAUUGGGCCAUCCACUUUGAACUGAGACCGGUCAAUGCAUGA